UCUAAAAAUUAUGCAAAAACGUUCUGUUGGGAACAAAGAACAAAUGUUUUCAUUGGUUGUAAUUUCGAAUCAAUUGUAAAUGCGUUGAGCAAGAGUUCAUGCGAAGCUUCGUUCCUAUUCCAACGGUUAGGUAGCGUAAAGCAAAUCUUGUGGGUAGAGUUUCGAAAAGUAAGAAAUGUCUUCCAACUCAAGUGAAAUCGAACAUGGCGUGGGACAGUCUUUGCUUGUGGCACUGCUGGGGAAAAGCUUAGACCAGUUGUUCCUUUUGCUGAUGGGAAUAUUUGUCUUUUUUAUGCAGGUUGGUUUUGCGUUUCUUGAAGCAGGAUCUGUGCGUUCAAAGAACACUACUAACAUUCUAAUUAAAAAUGUAUUGGACGUGUUUAUUGGCGGCAUGGCGUAUUGGCUCUUUGGAUACGCGUUUGCCUAUGGCAGCGAGGGAAAUUCUUUCAUUGGCUACAACUACUUUGCACUAUCUUAUGUACCAUCCAGUGUGUAUGCACACUGGUUUUUCCAGUUUGUGUUUGCCGCGACCGCCUCAACAAUAGUCAGCGGUGCUAUGGCAGAGAGAACCGAAUUUAGAAGCUAUAUUGUGUAUUCAAUUUUCUUGACUGGUUUUAUCUAUCCUGUAGUAGCUCACUGGGCAUGGGAUCCUAAAGGAUGGCUUUAUGUUGGUACACACUUUUAUUCUAUUGAUGGAAGUACUAAAUACGAGGUGUCCUAUAUGGACUUUGCUGGGAGCGCUGUAGUACAUGUUGUCGGUGGAGUAUGCGCACUUGUUGGUGCUAUUCUAGUUGGUCCUAGAAUCGGUCGCUUCGAUGAAUGGGGACGUCCGAUGGUUAUUCAAGGGCAUACAGUACCGAUGGCCGCAUUGGGAGGAUUUAUCUUAUUCUUCGGCUUCCUAGCGUUUAAUGGUGGAUCCCAAGGACAGAUUUCACACGAAAAAGACGCAGAUAUUGUUUCUCUUGCAAUUGUCAAUACCAUUAUAUCGGGUGGAGGAGGAGCAGUGACUGCUAUGGCUGUAAAACGCAUGGGGUUCGCUGAGAAGAAGUGGAGUUUGCUGGUAACGAUCAAUGGUGGGCUUACAGGAAUGGUUGCUGUUUGCGCCGGGGCCAAUGUUUACAGACCUUACUGUGCUUUGGUCGUUGGAGUGCUAGCAGGCCUUACUUACAUGAUAUGGAGCUGGGUUGUUUUGAAGAUGAAAGCCGAUGAUCCGGUUGAUGCUGUUGCAGUUCACUUUGGAGGAGGUGUGUGGGGUACUCUUGCAGCACCUCUCCUUGCUUACAAGACAGGAGUCGUCUAUAGUUGGAACCUUGUUUCGCUCAUGAAUUUUGGAUGGAACCUGGCUGGUUUGGUUUCAAUUGCUGUUUGGUCUCUGGGAUGCUCUUUAAUAAUGUUUGGUAUCAUGCGUCUUACUAAACAGCUACGAGUUGCAGAGGAUAUCGAGAUAAAAGGUCUAGACAUUCCAAAGCAUGGUGAGCCCGCGUACCCUCAGGCCAGUUAUGGGGAUGGAUGGACCUAUCCCCCCAUGUUUAAUGCCUUGUCACCAAGUCGUUUGAAUGGGCUUGACAUCCGUGACAACCAACAGUCAGCCAAUGGGGCAUCAGACGUAAAUACGAAUGAACUUCAGAUGAAUGUCAUGCGAGCCGGAGUACCUAAUCUGGGAGCCGAAUUAGACAACAAAACUCAGAAUAGAAAGAGCUGCGAACUUGAUGAAAAGCUUUAACAUUUUCCACUGAAUUAAGAACAGUUUGUAAAUCAAUGGUAGUAAAACUGGAGUUUAAAAUGUUCGGAUAAAAAUAAUUUGAGUUCUUGGAAACGACAAUGCAAUAAACUUGCCCGAUAGGAGAGAAAAAUUUAGAGAGAGAGAGAUGUGUCUUCUACUUUUGGUGUAUUAGUUAAAGACAACUAAUUGUACUUUCAUGUUAGUAGAUUAAUAAAUACCUCCUUUAUUUC